GGAGUUGGAGGCCCCUCCUCGCUGAGCCCCUGCCUCUCCUUACAGGGGACGCUGGAAGGGCUGGAGGAGGAGCUGCUGGCCUUCUUCUCUGUCACUCCCCACUCGGUCUACACAGCGCUGAUGGACAACAGGUUCGGACAUCGAAGGGAAACGUCAGAUGAAAGUGAGCAACAAACACCGCGUGUUCCUGCCCCCCGAGCUGCUGCUCUCAGACUACCUGGGGCAGCUGAGCUGAUGCCCCGAGGGCCACCCUGCCCCUCCUUCGUCCGCUCUGGAGGAGCAGAGCCGGGGACUCGUGGCUGUGCCCCCCCCGCGCUGCCCUCCUGGAACUGUUUGUGUGUCUAUUAUAACCCAGGUGUUUUUAAAAAUAAUCAGGCGGGGCCAACCCCCUCUGGCGCUGACGCUCGUGGGGUGAUUUUGGUCCAGAUUUUUCUGCGGUGAAACAGCUCCCGGCGGGUGCUGAGCCAUCGCUGAGCCGGCGGAAGAGCCCGGGGGCUGCCGCGUUCCGGCGCCCACAGCCCGGGGAGGUGUCCAGGGGGGCUCCCUGUGCCCUGCCUGCACCACGGGGCUUUUUUAAGUGUAAUAUAGCCUGUGUUUUUUAUCACGUGUGUGUAUAUUUACGUGUGUGCGUGCGUGUGUGUGCGCUGGGGGUUGCAGCCCCCCUCGGGGCUCUCCCUGCUUGCCCACAGCUGCCAUGGGGGCAGGUGGGGCAGUUUUGGGGGGGCUCUCUGUGUCCCCUGUGUCCCGACACGUGCUUGCAAGCUGCUCGAAGGGUGUGCCCUGGGGGUCUUUGCAGGUUGCUCUGACACUGCCUGCCCUUAACUGCGGGGACUCCCGGGGAGCCCCUGGUGCCUGCUCUGCUGGAGUGACUGGGCAUGGGUGCGUUCAGGAACAAUAAACACGGUGCUCCCCC